AUGAAAAGCUCACUAACACUUUCACUUUCCAGUCUCUUUCUCUUGGCCGGUGUGCUUGGCCAGAGUGACUCAGAUCCCAUCCAAUACACACCAACCCAUAAUAUCACGACCAUCUACGGGACAUGGUCGUCGGGCAGCAUGAACGUCGUAACUGGCUCGGGGUUUGCGUCUCCCAGCAACGUGUCGUUUCACUAUCCACCAACGACGGGCGUAUCAUAUUCAUUGCAAUCUCUCGCUGAUCCGAACGUCUCAUUGGGCUGUAGCACGGAAGAUGGGUACUAUGAGCUCGCCCAGUAUCGCAUGAGCGGCAACGCCUCAAACCCCAACUGCAUCUCCGGUGUUAUGAUGUGGGCACACGGUACAUACACACUGCAACCCAACGGCUCGAUCACCGGCAUUCCCUUCGGCGACGGCUACAUGCAAGUCGAGGAAGCAUGCGGGGCCCUCUCGAACUUCAUCCAGGACUACAACGACACCGAACUCUACACGUCCUGGGGCAUUUCGCAAGGCACGCUGCCAAAUUCAAACACGAACACGUAUAUUCUUCAGAUGUACCAGUACAAUGGGGAGCCACUGCCGGAGCAGUACCAGGUGUCGACGACGCCCAUUAUGCUCCCCACCAAGCCGCUCCGCAACAUACCCUCUGGAAGUGCGGCGAGCGACAUCGUGCUAUCGAAGAGAAAUGGGGGAGAUCGCAGGUCUGCCGGCGUGGGUGUUCUUGUCGCCGGCGUCGCAGCAAUUACUACGACGUCGCUGUUGUUGUAA